AGUCGACAAUUUGCUGGUGUUCAGUUUUUUACGUCAAUGACAUAAGCUUUUGACAUUUCUAGCAGAAGGGCGUAGUAUUUCUCGGUGUCAAAAUCACCAGAAUUAUUCCUAAUUUUCUUAGCGGACACAAAUUUCAACAGAAAAAUGAAUAGACUAUUUGGACGUGCUAAAGCCAAGGAACCUCCUCCAAGUAUCACCGAUUGCAUUGCUGGGGUGGACAGCAGAGCUGAUUCGGCUGAAAAGAAAAUUUCCCGCCUAGAUGCGGAGUUGAAAAAAUACAAGGAUCAAAUGGCUAAAAUGAGAGAUGGGCCGGCUAAAAAUGCUGUAAAAGCUAAAGCUCUAAGAGUGCUUAAACAACGCAAAAUGUACGAGUCUCAAGUGGACAAUUUGAGACAGCAGGCAUUCAACAUGGAACAGGCAAAUUAUGCUACCCAAACUCUUAAGGAUACCCAAUCAACUGUGAUAGCUAUGAAACAAGGCGUUAAACAAAUGCAAAAAGAGUUCAAGGACAUCAAAAUCGACGAUAUUGAGGACAUGCAAGAUGAUUUGGCUGACAUGCUAGAACAAGCGGAUGAAGUCCAAGAAGCAAUGGGUCGAAGUUACGGGAUGCCAGAAAUUGAUGAUGAUGAAUUGGCAGCUGAAUUAGAUGCACUCGGUGAUGAGAUUGCCCUAGAUGAUGAUACGUCCUACUUGGACGAUGCUAUUAAAGCUCCUAACGCUCCUAUCAAAGAACCUGGUGCAGAUUCUGUCAGAAACAAGGAUGGAGUUCUCGUGGAUGAAUUUGGCCUGCCUCAGAUUCCAGCUAGCUAAGUUUAAACUUUACAUUAAUAUCGCCACUAAGAUACACUAAGCUAACCAUGAUUACAGGGAGUCUAGCAUUCGCAGUACUCUGGCCCAUGAAGCGUUGAGCCUGUACAAAAUUGCAAAAAUUAAGGUCGUCGAAAAUCUUGCUUAUAAAAUAUAAUGGAUUACUAUUGAUAUCUGUAUCUUCAGAGAUCAACGAUUCACGAUAGAUUUUCCGUUCUGUUGAAAUUUUUUUAUGUUUGUAUAGAAUCAGUGUUUGAAUUUUAUGAGAGCACAAAAUAUUCAAGUCAAUAAAAUGCUUGUCGCUACA